CAUUGCUACAUCUGCGAACUUCCAACAUUGAAAAUCUCUUAUAUCACACUCCUGUUUUAUAUUCCACUUUCAAAAAACAAUAUCCUGAUAUGAAGAAUGUUGACUUGAAAGAACUCGAAAGAUUGUACCAAGUUUAUGCACAAUUAAGAAAACCAGUAUUGGAAAAAGAGCUUGAAAAUAGCAAUCAAAAUACAAUUUUGUCCUUUUCUAGUGAUGUUGCAUUCAUUACCACAGAACAAAUUGAGAAUUUGGCAAAGAAGAAUAUUAUUCAAAACAUUAAGACUCGUUUUAAUAAGAAUCGAAACCUUUCAUUAUUUCUUUCUGCUUGUUUGUGUGGAAACUUAGAGAUUGUUGAGUAUUUGAUUGAACAUGAAUAUUUUGAAAGUGAUGACAUGGACCAACAAGAUAUGAACGGUCUCCAUUAUGCAGCUUAUUAUAACCAUUAUAAUGUGAGUGAAUAUCUUGUUUCUCUUGGCGAUUUUAAAUUGGAUGAGAGAAAUAGCUUUAAGGAAACACCAUUAGAUUCUUACAAGGAGGGAUGUAGUAAAAGAAAAGAAAAAGAAAAAAAACACUUUGUACAAUUACUCACUCCACCACAACAUUAAUUUCUGUUAAACCCCCCCUGUAUGUAUACAUUAAUAAAAUCCUAUUUGAACUAGUA